UAUAGUUUGCAUUAUUCUACACAGAUCAUAUUUUUCAAAACUUUUUCAAAAAUGCUUCAGAACUAUUUACUUGCAUUGACAUCAUUGGCUACUGUCAUGGCUGCCAGUUGCAAUCCUUUAAAACAAAGUGGAUGUCCUGCUGAUACUGCCCUUGGCUCAUCUUUCAAAGAAGAUUUCUCCUCAGAAUCUAAAUACUUCGAUGUCGUUAAUUCAAAAGGUUUAUCCUACACCGAUAAGGGACUUUCAUUAACAUUGUCUGAGCGUUUCGAUAACCCUUCAAUUAAAUCUAACUUUUAUAUCAUGUUUGGUAAAGUUGAAGUUGUUCUUCAAGCUGCUGCUGGUCAAGGUAUAAUUUCAUCGUUUUACUUGCAAAGUGAUGAUUUAGAUGAAAUUGACAUUGAAUUAACAGGAACUGAUGACACCCAAUUCCAAUCCAACUACUUUUCAAAGGGUGACACUACCAACUACGACCGUGGUCAAUUCCAUAAUACUCCUUCUAAUCCAUUAGCCAACUUCUUAACUUACACCAUUGAUUGGACUGAAGAAUCAUUGACAUGGUCAUUGAAUGGUGAGGUUGUAAGAACCCUUUUACCUAACAACCCAGAAGGUUACCCUCAAAGUCCAAUGUACAUUAUGGCUGGAAUUUGGGCUGGUGGUGAUCCAUCAAAUGCUCCUGGUACCAUUGAAUGGGCUGGUGGUCUUACUGAUUAUUCCAAGGCUCCAUUUUCUAUGCACAUUCAAAGUCUUGUUGUAACUGAUUAUUCCAGUGGUCUGAAGUACACUUAUGGCGAUCAAUCUGGAUCUUACACUUCCAUCAAAUCAGAGGGAGGGUCCAUCAAUGGUAGAGUUCAACAAGCUCAAAAUGAAUUUGCUAAAUUAGUGGAUGGUCAAUCCAUUCCAGAUGCAAUUGUUCCAUCUGCUAAGUCUGUGGCCGCUUCUUCUACUUCUCCAGCUACUUCCACUUCUCCAUCUACUACUACUAGUGACGACUUCGCUUCUGUUUCUACUUCCACUGACGCUGCUAUUUCUACUUCCUCUAAUGCUGUUGUUUCUUCUGCUGAUCUUGCUACUUCUACCGAUGUUUCUACUUCAACUUCGGCAACUGGUGCAUUUUUCACUUCUGGGUCUACCACUUCUCCAGCAACAACUACUGCUUCCGAGUCUGAGACAGAUCUGAUUGAAUCAUCCACUUCGGCUACAGUAAGUUCUCCAUUUGAAACUUCAAACGAAUCCACUUUCGUCACGUCGACUCCAUUUUCUACUACUGAAGAUGAUUCAUUUACCGAAACAGCCACACAAAUUCCUGUUUCAGACUCUACUGGGACUUUGGAACAACAAACGUUAACUCUCUCUGGUGGUUCUACAACAUUGAUCUCACUCCCAACUACUACAUUUGCACCAACUAUUCCAACUACCUUAGUCACAAUUUCAUCUAAGCAAGGUUCCACAGAAACAUCAACUAGCACUUCACAAUCAAGUGAAUCACAUCCUGUCGUCGUAACUUCGCACAAUGGUAGCUCCACAUUUAAGGCGUCAAGCUUAAGUUUAGUAUUCGCUCUUUGCGGCUACUUCAUUAUUUAAACAAAAGAAAAUUGCAUACUUCACUCAUCGUCCUUGAAAACUCCAAGGAUCAAACUUAAUAUAUAUUACAUACACAUACAUAAAUAUAAUCAAUGUUCCAUCU